AUGAAGCUGAGGAAACAACAGCAAUUAGCCGAAUUAAAGCCCAGCAGGAUUAUCGCCAUACGAGCGAUGUUGGACAUCGAUUUGGCUUAUCCAAAUUAUUUUGCACAGCUGAGUCACAGUACCGGGCGAAUGUCCAGGCCAGGGAAACCGGCGGCGUUAGAAUUUGUCCGUCUUGAAAAAGAUAAAAAAGAGUUGGUGCUUAAGUUUCGGGCACCACAGGAUUCUGGAUUGGCUUGGCUUACCAUACCAAGUUUAACAAAUGUUUGGAGGCGGUCUGCAAAAAAGACGACCAGAAAAAUAAAAGCUGCACAACAACGCAUAGUUUAUACUACCGUGCAUCUACGGCCACCUCAGUCGUUUCACUUGAGCUUUAUGCUCACCAUUGGUAAAUGUCUUAAAAUAUAUUAUACUUUAAUACUGUAA